UCCCUUCAAAACUGUUAAUUAUCCGCUAGAUGGCAGCAGAGGUUAAGCCGAGAACGAGAAGCCAGUUUGGUUGCCAUAGAAACGGAAAAACAGAAAAAGGCCAUUUCAGGGGAAACUUAACUGCUGGUGGAGUAAAUGUUAGCGGUUUCCAAGAGCUCAUCUUGAUUCAUCUUCAUCUGAGGAAAAUGUCUUAUUCUCAGGGUCAUAAGACAGGAGUUGACAGAGAAGUCAUCAAGUGGCUCCAAGAUCUGGAACUAUCAUUUCACCCAAAGAAUCUGCGAAGGGAUUUGUCCAAUGGUUACCUGGUUGCUGAGAUAUUUUCUCGUUAUUACCCUCAUGACAUCUCAGUGUACUCAUAUCACAACGGAGUAUCAUUUUCUUCCAAACAGAAGAACUGGAGCCGGAUACAGAAGUUUUUGAAGAAGAAGAAUCUGGAGCUAUCGAAGGAAGCAAUCUAUGGAAGUAUACACUGUGAACCAGGAGCAGCUGAGCAGUUGGUGCAGGACAUUUACGAGAUGCUGACCAAUCAGAAUGUCACAGAUGUCCAGGGUCAGCAGUCACAACCCUCGUCACUGACUCACUCCACAUCGUCAAGGUCCUUCGGGAACAAUUUGGUAGCUGCAGGGAUCAUGGCCGAGUCAGACGUCAGUUCAAACCAGAGGAGAGCACAAAUCAGCAGGGGCGACAGAGAGCUGGAACACACAGCUGCAGACAGGUCUCUCCCCACCGACUCGUCAACAUGGAGAGGAGCUCCUGUUUCCUACAAGGAGAUAAAAGUGAACCAACCUGUCAGAAAUUCAAUGGUGAACCUUUCACACUCACUGCAUCACAGUCUAUCUCCCCUUUUUAAGACAGAUCAGUCAAACACUGAAGACAAGAAGAAGAAGAAGAAAUCUCCAAAAGAGCCAGAAUCAGGAUGACCAACCACCAACCUCUAACAUAAAGGCUAAAAAGCUUUUAAUGCUAUUUAGCCUGAAAACAUAAAUAAAAUGUUCUCAAAAAUCUGUAUGUUUCACAUAAAGCAGAGAUUUAAGCUCCUAAUGGUGUUGGAAGAUAAAUCAUUCCACCAUGAUAACACUACUGUCAGAGUUUUAUUUCCCUAAAGGACAUUUUAAAUGAGAUUUGGAAAAAGUUAGCUGUGCUGUGUGUUUCAUUGAACAUGUACACACAACAUCAUAUUUAGUUUAAUUAGAUCUAUCUUAUCUUUUGGUAGCUACAAAAUAGCUAAAAUUGUCAUUUAAUCUUUUUAAAUUUGGAAAUUGUAAGUAUCCACACUGUUUUUAGACAAUUUUGCCCAAUUAGGACAAUGUAAGAGUCAACACUGCAUGCAAAAAUAUUCAUACCUUUUGCACAUUUCCAGUUUUGUUGCAUAAAAAUAUCGCAAAAUUUCAAUAUCUCCUGGAGUAAUGCAUCAUCUAAAUAUGGAAGGAGAAAUGGCACAACAGCAAGUAGGAAAAGGUGAUCUGCUCAAAUCAGACUAAAACUGAAUGUUUGAGCUUCAACUCAAAUUCUAUGGCAGAAAACUAGAGCAGCUCAUUACUCUGGUCACAUCCUUUCCAUCAUUAAGCAUGGAAGUGGCAGCGUCAUGCUAUAGAAAUGAUUUCUUCAGCAGGGACAGAGUUCUAGACAGGAUGAGAGGAAAGACAGAGGCAGAUAAAUGCAGGACAGUGGAGGAAGAAACCAGAGGACUGAGACCGGGGUGAAGCUUUUCCUUCCAGCAGCACAAAACAAGCAGCCAGAGAUGCAAACAAAUGUUCUAACAAAUGAAUGUUAGAACCUAAAAUCCCACUGAAAAUGUGUGGCAAAUAUGAAAAAUGAAUAGUCAAAUUUUCAGACCCGUUCUAUAAAUUAGAAUAUUGCUAACAAGCCCAUUUAUUUUAAAAUCUUUAUCACUAGGAAAAACACAUUCUUAAAUGUUAUUAUUUUCAAAAAAUUCCUUUAAUCCGACAAACAAGCUUCAUUGGGAUGCAUAUUUUAAUUUAUGACUGCAUUGGCACAACACAGAAGAGCCAGCCCCUUAGGUCAAAGUUCAAUGGUUUGAUGUGCAUGUUUAAGAUGGACAAAUGACGUGAGAAAACAGCUAAAGAAAUAAUUUAUAUUUAAAAUAAAAAAGUGACAUUACAGAGCGAAAACAUUUCAGAAUGCGGUGUGGUUGUAACCCAGAUCAAUCGACACCUUUACAGCCCUGUCUACUACUGGUUGAAUAAAUCAGUCUGAUCAGAGCCUUUUAUGUUUUCAAUCAUUUAGUGAUGAUGAGACAGAUGCAGCAGAAAAAUGCUUAUUGUACUCAUAUUUACAGAUGUAGGAAACAUUUAAAAUUACAAAAGGUUUGCAAAGUGACUUUUUUCAUGAAUUUCUAGUUCUUGACCCAGCAGGGUUUUCUCUGGCACAGUGAAUGAAUGAAUGCCUUUAAAACACUGAAGCUCUUUCUGGGUGUUUAGACUUGCUGUUUCCUCUCAGUGGACACCAAACAAUCAAUACACUCAAUUUUCAUUUGUGAGAUUCAAAUUAUUUAUGAUUCAACAGCUUUUCAAGAAAAAAAGUGUGAUUUUUGACAAAAGAGCUUGACUCUGCACACUGACUGAUUCAGAUUAAACUGCUUCUGGUGCCAAACCCUUUCACAGUCAUUUGGACUAAGAUGCCUUCUCUGCUCCCAAACCUCUGAGCUCUCAUGAAAGCUUGGCGUAAAGUACAGUUGAGCUGUGAAGCCAGUGAGAAAUGGAUGUCAGGAUGAUAAGUGUUUCUGGCAGAGUGCCUGGCCUCUCCUGUGGUCUAAGAGCCGCGCUUUCAACAGAGAGAUAGAACAAUGCUGUAAUGAUAUGAUCUCCACAUCCUCAGCUGACUCUGGGCUGUCGCUUACAGGGGGCUAUCCCUCUCAGGCAGCCCAGCCUGCUGAGCUGCCAUGUCAUCCAGUUGAAAAGUGUUUUUCUGCUUCACUAAAGCAAAUAAAACGCAUUUGACUGGUCAGUGAUAAACUUCAUUAAAGCAACAACAUUGAAUUAAAACUGAAUUCCAACAAACAUCCUGUAGAAAAUAACAAACUUUAAAUUAUCACAAAUUUGAUAUUUUAAAACAUUAAUUGAUCUUAUAAUAGAAUUUAUGUUUAAAGGGUAUUUCUCGCUAAGAUAUCCAAUAUCAUGAAAAAACAAUCAGCGGGGAAUAUUGUUUGUGUUAUUGUCUUUAUAGUGAUGAGAUUCUGGGUGACAUUUGAUAUUUUUCAAUCUAAGCCCUUAAUGCUUCACAGAUUCUGCCUAUUUGUGGAUUUGUAUACAGCAUACCUAAAACAUUUGAGGUAUGCUCAAAUACCUCAAAUAUUUGAGCAUACCUCAAAUAUGCUCAAAUAUUCGCAAACUGCAUUUCAGCUUCGCAAAUGCAGUUUGCGAAGCUGAAAUAUCUUAACACGCUAUUAGCUGGCGUUUGUAAAACAACCAAUCCAGGAGCACCAUUCAUCUUCUUUGGUGGUAUUUGGUUGAACCCCAAGACGAUAAGGAAGACCAGAUGUUAGCUUCUGCUGUUGUACCAAGACAGUUUCCACUGUACGUAUAAUGCAUGCUAGGGUAUAUUUGGUGUUUGAACUAUUAAAAUAAACAUUUAAAAUUGUUUUUAGAGGGAUCUCAAGUACUAGAUGUCAGCUUUUCGCUGACAGCUGUAGUCUUUAUAUUUUGCCUGAUUUGUUUUUUAUUUAUUUAUUUGAAUUAUGCCAUAAUGUCAAACAAGGAAGCAGGUUCCCUUAAAACACAUCUUGUUGUGCCUCCAUUGAACUCCGAUGAUGUCCACUGUCUUUUUAAAGGGUUCAAGUCCCAUAUUGUUUAAAUGAAAAUAAAUCUUAAUGAAAGUAUAUUUUAGAAUAUGAUUAAAGUAAUAAAAGACUUUGACACUAGUCAGAAAUCCAAAUGAAAAUCACAUUGGUAAUCCUAGCUGACAUAAACAGGACAUGUUCAGUUUGAUUUAAUGUCAAGGAAAAAAGGGGUAUCAGUCGUUUUAUAGGUGAGUGUAAAUAUCUGAUUUUCUCUGUCCAUCUGACAUGCAGCAGCCCCUUCUGGUUUAAUGACAAUGUGUGUUUCUUUUUCACAGCCUCCCCCAGAGGAGCUACAAACUGACCUCCUUAAUCUUUCAGGACCUUUAGAUUUCCCUCAGCCUGACUGGGCGUGAACACAUAUCAGCACUUAAACGGAGGAGUCCGCCGCUGGUUAACUUCUGGAGAUGAGGGAUGGUGAAAAUCAGAAUCUGGAUCCUCGGUGUCAAACUUCCCCUUCGGAAAAUAAUCAUAUUGUGAAAACUAACAAUGACAAACGGGAUAAGCUGCUUCUCACAACAGUUACAGCAGAAGGUUUAUAUUUAUCCUGCACCAACUUGUCUCUCCAACUAGGCAAUAGCUCAGGCCUGGUUGCUAUGGCAACUGGAAAGCCCAUACUGGAGAGCGACCAGGACACAUUAAUAAGCUUAGUGCGAGGUUCUUUGGUUCCUUCUGUUGGUAAUAGGCACAAGCAGCAGCUUAGGAUUUCAAGGAGCCUAUUAUGAAAUAAUAUGUAAGCACAUUAAUCUAAGAUAGAAAAUAUAGGCCUUAAAUCAUGUUAAAAUAUUAAAACAAAUCGCAUCUGUGAUGAAAAUAGAUAAAGACAAGUUGAAUGUUAGAAAGCAACAGUGCCUUAAAAUGCCCUCAGAAAGUGUUUCACCAUCUGCUGAGUUUUCCUAUCAGCUUCAUGGCACCCAGAGCAGAAGAAUCUCUGCUAGUGAGGGUGUGUGUGUGUGUAUGGGUGUGCGUGGGUGGGUGUGUGUGUGUGUGUGAACAUGACUGGCCAAAGGGACAUUUUGGAGCUUUGGAAGCUUAGGAUUCCCCCACAGAAACACAGCCCUCCCCCAUUUCAACGCAGCAAAUCUCUCAUCCCCAUUAACAAAGCAACAAUAAGCUGAUCUGUAGUUAUCCAGGACAAAGGUUGGGACGGCGUGUCUGUCAGUUAACAAAGCAACAGCUGUGUGAAAGUCAUGUGCAUGUCAGAUUUGAUGCUUUGUUUCUGCAGACCCAACAUCAUAUUAAUCCAUUUCUAUUCAUUCAGACUCAAAAUCUGCUGCAGAUUCUGCUGAAUGUAAAUGUAAAAUGAAAACAAGAAACAGAAAACUGAAGAACCUAACCCAGGAAUCUCUGCAGACCCCACACAUCCUGGACACAAACUAACAACAGAAAAAGUAUAGAAUAGUAUAUUCAUAAGCUCGUAUACACUCAACAUUGUUAGAAAUACAACUUUUGCAAUUCUACAUUUUUCACAAAUCAUGAAAGUAGAUUAUUCAUGUUUUUCUGACAUGUAUUAGUUUUGUCUGGAGUUAAGGAUUUUACAUCAUGUUUGAUUUAAAUUAGAAAUUAACUGCAGAUGUUUAACGCGUUAAUAUUCACACUAACAGAACAUCUUGUUGUAUUCACAUCUGCACUCAGUCUGACCUCUGAGCCCCAGAAGCUGCUCCGCUCCAAGACUCAUGCCCUUUUAUUGACCUCUUAGCAGAAACAGCUUUCUUUCCCAUUCCAAUGGCAUCCUGACUUUUCUCCAAUCCCUGAAUGUUUUAAUUCACCCUGAACUGCUAUGAUCAAAACAACAGAAAAUAAU